GAGAAGUCCCAGCAGAUACCCCUGAUGUUGGCUGGGGCAACGUGAUCUCGAGAACUACAACGCCGCUGCCGGCAGCGCCUCCGGCAGCGCCGCCGACGGUGGCUGUGCCUCCCAGACAGUCCGCCGUGGCAGCCGAACCUGUGCCAGUGGCGGCGGCAGAGCCGCGGCCUAUCUUUACCACAAGCACGGCCAUCCCGGAUGUCCCUGCUGAUGCGCCUAGUCGAGUUGCCACUGCAGUGAUCGAUGCAGCAGAGCAUUCCGGGAUGCCGCUGGCUCAGCGCAUGGCCGCGGCUACUGCGGCGGCUGCUGCUGCAAAGAGUGUGGCCAAGCCAGCCAGCAAAGAGGCCAUUGCGGAAGCU